AUGGCGAUUGAACCGUUAGAAGAUGGUCUGGAAGACAAAGCCUACAUUCAACGGGCACGUAUGAUUGUGCUUGCGCUAUUGGGAGGGUUGAUAUUACCCGACAGCUCAGGGUGUAAGAUACCUCUCAUGUGGUUGACCCAACUUCGAGAUGUAGAGGCUGCCUCUAUGAUUAGUUGGGCGAGUGCUGCACUUGCUACAUUAUAUCAUAAUCUUUGUGUGGCGUCCAUGGGAAAAAGGAUAGACAUUGGAGGUCCGACAGUACUCCUACAACCGUGGGUGUGGGAGAGAAUGCCCACUUUGAGACCCGAUUUUGUGAUGGCACGUAUACAUACAAACAACACUCCAUGUGCAUUAAUGUGGACUGGCUCAUAUAUGAUAAACAAAGCCCCCAAACAUUUUGUUCGACAUUAUCGUGAACAGUUAUCAUUACUCCAAAAUAGCCAGUUUAUUUGGAUGCCAUAUGUGGACCGUCAAUUACCAGACUCCUGCCUCGAGAUAAACAACAGUUGGAGAUCUGUGACGUACAUGGUUUAUUGGGCUAUUGUCGAAGCACAUGAGACUGAGCGCGUUGUGAGACAAUUUGGAGGCACUCCGUUCAUUUCGGAAUUGCGUGAUUGGGGUUUCAAUGAAACUCAUUUCAAAACAAAUCGUCGUGGAAAAUCUAAGACGAACUGGGCUAUGCAGAACAAGGCUUACAUUCAACAUUGGGAGAGAAGGUCAGAGUUCGUGUCUAAUCAUUACAUGGAGCCUCUUGAAGACCAUGUGCAGGUGAUUAGAACUCGAUUAUACAUGGAGUGGUAUUUUAAAAUAACUAUUACAUAUAUCACACUGCCGGGUAGACUUCCAGAAGUAGGGAUGAACACUGGUGCAUCAUCAUCAACACUCCAAGCUGAGACAUUGGCCCGUGUAUUUCAAUUGUCGAGCAGUUUUGACCCAGCAAACGCCGUAGGAUUGUUGCAUGAGAUUAACAAUCUUGUUCUUAACUACCUUAACGAUUGCAGUGAGAGUGAACGCACGGUCAUACCUUCUACACAGCACACUGAUGUGGAUAUGUCCUGGGGUUUUAUCCGAAGAGCUCGCGGUAUUGGUCAAAGAGGUGUCCGAACAGGCGGGCAUGAUUAUUCACGUCAUUACAGAAUGUCCCAAGACAUGCCAGGGUCAUCACAAGCCGCAAAUGAAGAAAAUAUUAAUUCAGAUGACAACAUAGAUUUGCAUACAUUCAUCGACAAUUUUGAUGCUGAGCCUGAAAUGCAAAAUCCACCAGCAUCAGAUCCCUCUAGUUGGUUUCUUACCUGGUCAGACGUGCCACAGUCUAGUUGGGUGACUCCCUUUGAUAGAGUUGGGCUACCAUGGAAGCCUACUACACAAGAUUCAUUCUUCUCAGAUGUCCAUAUCAUGCACUCUCCAACAAAUGAGGAAUUGGAUGAUGAUGCUGCUGAUGAUGAUGAUGAUGAUGCUGCUGAUGAUGCUCUUGAGAGUUCUGCACAAUUGGAGCGUCCCAGAAGUAGUGCCUACAUAGAGCGCCCCAGGAGGAGAGAACAUAUAGACCCUCCUAGGAGUAGUGUACAACUUGAUCGCCCUAGUAGUAGUGCACACACGUCCCGACCCGACAAGGAACGCUCCAGGCCAAGUUUGUCUCAGACAAUUAUGGGCAUGUUCCCACGUAGAAGGUCUAGCCGUGACAACAGAGGAAAAGGCCCGAGUAAAUAUACACCAUCGUCCUUUAAGUAG